GAUCUCCUCUCCGCCGCCCGCCGUUUCCAUCCUUCGUCGUAAAGAUGCCGGCGGGAUCGAAGAAGCCGGCGGCGUCGGGGCGCGGGCGGCCGGAGCCGGGGCGGAAGACGGUGUCGACGUGCAGCCCGGACCUGGUGGCGGAGGGCGUCCACGUGUUCGACAUCUUCGGGUACAGCGACCACAGGGGGAUGGGCACCCGCGAGUCCAUCCGGUCGGGGGCCUUCUCCGUCGGGGGCCUCCGCUGGGUCGCCUGCCUCUACCUCGACGGCUACGGCGUCGAGGGCAUGGACUACGUCUCCGCCUACCUCCGCCUCGUCGGCGACGCGCCCCGCAGGGUCUGGGUCUCCUGCGAGGUGAAGCUGCUCGACCGCACCACCGGGCUGGCCUCCACGCCGCAGCUCUACCUGAGGACCGCCCAGGCGUUCGGCGGCGGGGAGAAAUACAGGGUCCUGCACUGCCUGAUGCUGCCCAGGCCCGACCUCGAGGUGGAGCCCUACCUCGUGGACGACCGCCUCACCAUGGAAUUCCAUGUCACCGUCAAGGGAGACCCGCGGGUGUCGAGGACCAGGCGGUUCCCGAGGAUCCAGGUGCCGCCGCCCGACAUCAAGCGGCAGCUCGGCAAGCUGCUGCACACCAGGGAGGGCGCCGAUGUCACCUUCGACGUCGCCGGGGAGGCCUUCCCGGCGCACAAGCUCGUUCUCGCGAUGCGGUCGCCGGUGUUCAAGGCGGAGCUCUGCGGGCCGCUGAAGGAGGAGGCAGGGUCGCAGCCGAUCGCCAUCGUGGAUAUGCAGCCUGCUGUCUUCAGGGCCCUGCUCGAAUUCAUCUACACCGAUCAGUUCCCCACGGCUCGGGGCGCCGAGAGAGGCGACGACUGCGAGAUGAUCCGGCACCUGCUCGUCGCCGCCGACAGAUACGCCGUGGAUCGGCUGAAGCUGCUGUGCCAGAGCGUCCUCUGCAAGAAUCUCAAUGUUCACAACGUUGCAACCACACUGGCACUGGCUGAUCAGCAUCAAUGCGACACGCUGAAGGAUGCUUGCAUUGAAUUUGUGUCAUCUUCAAGAAAGAUGCAGCGUGUAGUGGCAAGCAAAGGGUAUGUGGAUCUCCAAAGAACUUCGCCUUCUGUGUUAGCUGAUGCCAUGGCUCAGAUGUCUAAGUUCAACAAGAUGUCAAGGAGGAGGAGUACUCCACCAAGAUGAGUCCAAGAGCUGUUAAUUUCACUUAGAAGCAAUAUGGGUAUUCUUUCUUCUUUUCCCUGAAUCAGAUAUCGUAGUCAGUUUACUCUUUGCAAUAUGGGAGGACCUUCUUGUGUUUAUCUGUUCAUAUGAAUCUAUGAUAGUUAAGUUUA